AUGGACAAUAUUGACGAAGAAAUAAGUUUUCUAGAAGAGAAAAUUAAGGAACUUUCUAAUGAAAGCAUUCGAAUUAAGGAACAUAGGACACAGUCAACACCUGGGACUGUAAGAGACUCUGGCAUUGGAGAGUCUGGGCGUAAAAUAGAACAUAAUGCAGAGGAAAACUAUGAGGCAAAAGGAGCAAGACCUAAAACUAAGCUUGAUGCUCAGACAGAAGACUCGUAUGAACUUUAUAAAAGAAAAGACAGGUCUCGGUCGGAAACAACACCGAGGUAUCUAGAAACGCCAGACAAUAUGCCAAGAAAUGUUACAACACGUAGAAGAAAGGACAUGUUACAAGCACUAAAUAAUGAAGGUGCUCAAGAAAAUACAGAUAAGUCUGGAGCGGAACGCAAAAAGUAUAAAGAAACUGGUUUUCUUCCAGAAGUUGGAGAUGAUAAUAAACGUGAAACUAAGCGUGAAAGUUUAGAAGAAACACUUAGCUCUAUCAAGGAGAUACUGGUCAGGUUGCAGAAAGAAGUAAAUGAUAUAAAAUAUGAAAAGAGAACUUCUAAAACCGAUAAUGUGCCAAGGGUGUUCGAGAAGGGUUCUAAAGUAGGGAUUCCAAAGAAGUGUUACAAUUGUGGCAAACCUGGUCAUUUAAAGAGAGACUGCAGACUUGCUCAGUCAAACAGAAGAGUUGAUCAGAAGUUUCCACAACCAAACACAAGCAAAAUUGACAAGAUUGGCAAAGGCAAGCCCGACAGUUCUGGACAUUUCAAAAAGACCACCCAUAGUGGGAGAAAACCUAGACAUGAGCAUCAGGGAAGCAUUGGAGUUCAAAGAAAUGCUAAUGAGCCAGGAAUGUAUAUUAGAGGUAACAUAAAUGAUAUUCCUGUCCUGGCAUUGGUUGAUACAGCGGCUACAGUUACACUGGUAUCUUGGAAGAAGUUUGAAGAGAUAAAUAAAAAGUCUAAACUGGAAUUGGCUGAAACGAAUCAGAGUAUAUUAUCAGCGUCAGGAACGCCUCUUCAAAUAUACGGAAAGGCACUCGUGAAAUGCAAGUUUGGCAAGAAAAUAUUGUAUCAGACAAUACUGGUUGCUGACAUGACUGUUGAUGCUGUUCUGGGCCUUGAUUGUUUAAAAGCUAACAAAGGCAUAAUUAAUUCACAUGAAAGAACGCUGCAGUUAGGAGAUGAAACUCACUCUCUAGAAUUUGAGGGAAGAAUAGGGUGUUUUAGAAUUGUGGCACUAGAAACGGUGUCGAUACCAUCAAAGACGGAAAUUGUCACAACAGGAAAAGUUGUAGUUCCAGACAACAAUGAGAUGAAUUUAGAUGUUGGAGUGGUGGAGCCUGCAGAAACGUUUUUGAGUUCUGACAGAGGAUUGGUUGGAAGGACAGUAGUGAGAGUGACAUGGGAAGAACAGGACUUGCUAAACAUAGCAUCGACACCGGGGAUCACAAACCAAUCAAGGACGUUCCAAGACGACUCCCAGAACACAGGAAUGCAGAAGCGAUUGAAUGCAAUAACUGAGAAAGACGCCUAUCCAAUUCCACGCAUUGAUGAGACCCUGGACCAACUGGCUGGAUGCAAAUGGUUUUCAACCCUCGAUUUACACUCUGGUUACUGGCAGAUUGAAAUGGACUCAAAAGACAAAGCCAAAACAGCAUUCGUAACUCGAAAUGGGCUAUAUCAGUUCAAUGUUAUGCCCUUUGGGCUAUGUAACGCCCCAGCUACGUUCGAAAGAUUAAUGGAGUUAACUCUACAGGGUUUGCAGUGGGACAUUUGUCUUAUCUAUUUAUAUGAUAUCAUUGUAUAUGCCAGAACCUUUAAUGAAAUGAAAACUAAUUUGUCCAAGGUCUUCGACAAACUUGCAAAAGCUGGACUAAAAUUGAAAGCGAAGAAGUGCACUCUAUUUUCACGUAGUGUUGACUACUUGGGACAUGUUGUGUCUGAAGAAGGCAUUUCCACAGACCCAAAGAAGACUGAAGUUAUCAAGAAAUGGCCGCAACCUUGUAAUGUAACAGAGCUAAGAUCCUUCAUUGGAUUUUGUAGCUAUUACCGUAAAUUCGUACCAAACUUUGCAGUUUUGGCGAAACCAUUACAUGUGUUAACACAAAAGGGAAUGAAAUCCAUCUGGUCUGGCAAUUGUCAGGAGUCAUUUGAUACUUUGCGAAAUAGAUUAAUCAGUGCACCCAUUCUGGCACACCCGGAUUUCACAAUACCAUUUAUAUUAGACACUAUUGCCAGUGAUAUGGCCAUGGGCGCCGUGUUGUCACAAAUACAAGACGGGGAAGAAAAAGUAACUUGCUAUGCAAGUCGCUGUUUAAGCAAAACGGAACGAAAGUAUUGUGUCACACGUAAAGAACUGCUGGCCAUCGUCCAUUUUGUGAAGUAUUUCAGACAUUAUUUGUAUGGGAAGCCAUUCUUAAUCAGAACAGAUCACAGUUCACUACGAUGGUUAUUGAAAAAGAGAGAUUCUGAAGGCCAGCUUGCAAGAUAG